UAGAAAUAUGGAAAACUAAAUUUAAGACUGGUUGCACUACUGAUACUGAGCUAGACAGCCCAACAAUCCCUCCAUAUAAGGCAGCUUCCUGUGAGAUUACGUGUUUUGCUGCAAUUUUGACAUACAGAUCACAGUACGAGUAAUACCACAAGGAUGACAAGCUGCGCGUUUUUGCUUCUGUGCCUCAUUUCCCCAUCAAUGGGAUCCUUUGGAGAAGAAGAGCCGGAGAAAGUGAACGGAGUUCUGGGAGAAUCUGGAACUUUCCAGCUGAAGACUUCAGAGCCAUUUUCACAGAUAGCCUGGACACUUAAUAGAAUCCAAGGUGUUGAUGUCCUUGUGCUUACAAAAAAGGACCCAAAAGAGAACUGUAAACUCCUUGUAGUAUCUCAAGCAUUUGAAGGGCGUCUGAAUGCCUCUGAGGACUGCAAGAUCUUCCAAGUCAGUCCCCUACAUCAAGAAGAUUCUGGCACAUACGUGGCACAAAUAAAGCAAAAUGAUGGUAAUACAAAGGAGAGCUUUUCCCUGCAGGUGUAUAAGCGUUUAUCUGCAUCUGACCUGGGUGUCGACUGUGACAAAAGUGGUUAUGAUGGCAGGAAUGGGACUUUGCGGCUGAACUGCUCUGCAGGGAGCUUGGAAGAGGAUGUGACAUUCAGCUGGGCCCCAGCCAGCAAAAGUGAAUCCUCCGGGAAAUCCCUCGUCAUCCAGCACAACUUACAAGACGACGAUUUGAAUUUCACCUGCACAGCAGAGAACCCUGUUAGCAACGCCUCCAAGACAGUGUCCUUAAAGGAAAUCUGCAGUGCAGGAGCCGAGGGCGGCAAAUCCAGGAGAGUGUCCUGUAUAAGAGCACUGAGUCGUGCCCAUCCUAAUGCCUCUUUUGGGGGACAUAGAGAUGACAUAUUGACAGUGCCCUGUGCCCAAAAGAAACACCUGGCCAGAUGUGAUUCAAUGCAAUCAUGCAUAACAGAGCACCCCUUGAAGACACCUGGGACGGUGCCCGCCACAGAGAAUGGAGAAAAGAGUGGUCUCAAAAAGCCGGAUUUAAUUGCAUUGUUCUGCAUCAUUAUAGUAGUGGUGAUAAUCGCAAUCUUCGUCGGCAUUUAUUUUUAUUUCAAGAGGAGAGCUCACAGGAAACACCUGGGUUCCUCAAGCCAAUCAGGUGCUUCUACAGAUCCCUGAGAGGGGCCAGAGGGACUCUGCAUGCAUGCACACCCCAGGGCUGACUGCAAGUUGCUGGGCAUCGUUUGACACAGGAUGCCCUCUCCCUGCAAUUUACACCUCCGUGCUUUCUCCCUGCUCCCCCCCCCGGCUCCUUUGCUCUCCCACCCCACACCCCCUUCCUUCUCCCUCUGCUGCUCUGCCACAGGGAGUUGAGUGGCACUUGCUUGGGCUCCCGUUUGCCUCGUCAGUCACCGUGUUGAACUAGGACCAGUUAGUUGAACUAGGACCAUUCAGUUAGUUCAUCAGGUGACACUGGGUCAGUCAUGAUCUCUCAGCUUACCUACCUCACGAGGUUGUUGUGAGAGGGGACAUGGAAAUACUAUUAUUGUAACAUAACAACAUACAAGAAUUGUUGCUCCCCUUGGCAUUUCCUGCUGCCACCGUUGCCCCCCCCCCACCGCCCUCUUGGCACCAGACCCCCACACACUUCAGAAAUGGCAGAUUGGCUCUUUGCCUCUCACCAGAGCUGACAGAAAAACUAGGAACUGACAGAACUGCCUACCUCCUUCUUUGUUGACCCAACAUGUGUUUUUAAAUGGUUUUUUUUAAAAUGUAUUAAUUUGUAUAUAUGUUGUUAAUGUUUUUAAUUGUUGUGAACCACCCAGAGAGCUUCGGCUGCUUAUUACAAAUAUAAUAAAUAAUAAUAAUAAUAAUAAAUUAUGAGAAAGCCAGUGUGGCAUAGUGGUUAAGGUGUUGGACUACGACCUAGGAGACCAGGGUUCGAAUCCUCACACAGCCAUGACGCUCACUGGGUGACCUUGGGCCAGUCACUGCCUCUCAGCCUCAGAGGGAGGCAAUGGGAAACCCCCUCUGAAUACCGCUUACCAUGAAAACCCUGUUCAUAGGGUCGCCAUAAGUCAGAAUUGACUUGAAGGCAGUCCAUUUUCAUGAGAACGCACUAUAGGGAUCAUUCAUUCUUGCAUGCAUUUCACAAAAUGGCUCUCCAGUGCUUGAGGGCUUGUGCCAUGUGAAGCUUUUAGGUGGGAAAAGGGAGGGGAAAAUAAAAGUUUGACCUGCUUUGUUUCUAAGGAAAUGCCUGCUUUUUCUUUUUUGUUUUAAACCUAGAAGGGCUACAAGAGCUGAGUUUCAUUUGAUGCGGCCUGAUGACAUAGACAAGGCGCUUGUGAUGAUGUGGCCAGCAACAUGUCCUCUCGAUCCUUGCCCUUCUUGGCUUAUUAAAGCUUGCUGAGGGGGUUUGACCAAGUGGAUCCAGGAUGUGAUCAACACAUCAUUGUGGGAGGGAGUGGUUCCAGCCACCUUGAAAGAGGCGGUGAUCCGACCACUCCUGAACAAGCCCACCCUGGACCCAUUGGUUUGUGACAACUACCAACCGGUUGCAAAUACCCCCUUCUUAGGGAAGGUGAUUGAGAGGGUUGUGACGCAGCAACUGCAAGCACUCUUGGAUGAAACAGAUUAUCUUGACCUAUCCCAGUCUGGGUUCAGGCCUGGUUAUGGGACUAAAUAGGCCUUGGUUGCCUUUAUCGGGAGAAGGACAGGGGGAGUGCGACCCUGUUAUUCUUAUUUGAUCUCUCAGCGGCUUUUGAUACCAUUGACUAUGGUAUCCUUCUGGGCCGACUUGGUGAGCUGGGUAUUGGAGGCACUGUUUUACAGUGGUUCUGAUCCUAUCUCCAGGUUCUCUCUCAGAGAAUAUCAUUGGGUGACUGUCUUUCGGCCCCCUGGCAGGUGUGCUGUGGGGUGCCGCAGGGUACCAUCUUGUCCCCCAUGCUGUUUAACAUCUAUAUGAAGCCCUGGGGAGCAGUCAUCAAGAGAUUUGGGGUGAGGUGUCAGCAGCUCUAUUUCUCCGUAGCAUCUGAAUUGGGAGAGGCCCUGCAAGCCCUUGGCCGCUACCUGGACUUGGUGGUGGGCUGGAUGAGGGCCAAUAAACUGAGUCUGAAUCAUAGCAAGAUGGAGGCACUGUGGGUUGGUGGUUCCCGAAUUCGGAUAAUUGGUCAGUUGCCUGCUUUGGAUGGAAUCAUAUGCCCUCUGAAAGAGCAGGUUCGUAGUCUGGGGUGCUCCUGGAUCCCUCUUUUUCACUAGAGGCCCAGGUGACCUCCGUGGCUAGGAGUGCCUUUUACCAGCUUCGGCUGGUAAGACAGCUGUGGCCGUUCCUGGACCAGGAUAGCCUGACCACUGUUGUCCAUGCACUGGUAACCUCCAGGCUGGAUUACUGUAAUGCGCUCUGAGUGGGGCUGCCCUUGAGGUUGGUCUGGAAGCUGCAGCUGGUGCAAAAUGCAGCAGUGAGACUGCUCACUGGGGCAGGGUAUCGCCAACAUGUCACCCCGCUGCUGAAAGAAUUGCACUGGCUGCCCAUUUGCUACUGGGCCAAGGCCAAGGUUCUAGUUUUGGUGUACAAAGCCCUGUACAGUAUGGGACCAGGAUAUCUGAAAGACCAUCUUAUCCCUUAUAUACCCAGUUGAUCAUGGCACUCUGCAGGUGAGGGCCUCCUGCAGAUACCAUCUUAUCAGAGGUCCAUUCUGUACAACGUAGGAAAUGGACCUUUAGUGUGGCGGCACCUACCCUGUGGAAUUCCCUCCCCUUGAAUAUUAGGCAGGCUCCAUCUCUGUUAUCUUUUUGGCACCUUUUGAAGCCUUUUCUCUUUCAACAAACGUUUUAAGCUGAGACCUAUCCCAGUCUGUGUCUGUGUUGGAAUUGCUUUUUAAUGUUUUUAACCCUUUUUUUAAAAGAUGUUUUUAAAGUUUUAAAAAAAUAUUUUUAAAGUUGUUUUGUUUUAAUGUAUUUUAAGGUCUGUUUUUAUGAUGUUUUGAUGUGUUUUUAGUGCUUUUGUUUGCCACCCUGGGCUCCUGCUGGGAGGAAGGGUGGGAUAUAAAUCAAAUAAUAAAUAAAUAA